AUGUAUCUGCUCGUAUCCUUAACGGAUGUGGUGCAAAUCCACCCCACCGACUUUAACAAGCCCGGCUACCGUGCCAUCGAGGACUUCAUCAACGCCAAGUACGCCGACAAAGUCAUCCACAAAGUCGGCCUGUGCGUCGCCUUCCACUCCAUCAUCUCCACCUCCGAGGGCCUCAUAGGUCACGGGACGGGAAUCGUCAACGUAAACGUCGACUUCCGCCUCAUCGUCUUCCGCCCCUUCAAAGGCGAGAUUGUCAGCGCCAUCAUCACCAACGCCGCUCCUCAGGUGGGAAUAGUACUCUCACAUGACUUUUUCGAGGACGUUGUGGUGCCUCCGGAGACGCUCUUUCAGGACACGCGAUGGGACCGAGACGAGAAUGGGACGGAGCUGUUCAUCUGGUAUCAGAAAGCCGCGGAUUACGAUGAGCCAACGCCAUACUACUUCGAUCGUGCGGAGAAGUGCUUGUACCGCGUGGAGGAGGAGCAGUGGACCGAUUUGUCGCCCCAAAAGCAGAAGCCACACUCACAAUUCGCCGACCAAGGCGAUGAUCUCGAAGGGCGUAGGCCGCCUUACCUGAUCAGGGGGAGCAUGAUGCUUUCGGGGUUGGGCCCUACUUUGUGGUGGUCCACGGACGAAAUCGAUGGGCCUGAUGAUGAUGUGGAUGGAGACGUGGAUAUGGAUGCUCAGCCAUGA